AAUGCCCAUGGUGGCGGCCGUCGGGACAAGACACCUCAUACAUACAUAUAUAUAUAUAAUAUAUAUAUACACAUAUAUAGGAUUCUCCGCUCAUUUAGGUUUAGGGUUUUUGCUUCAACCAACUUUUCACCGCCGCCGGUAAAAAACUUCGGCCUCUUUUCGUUUCAGUUUCCGGCGACGACGAUCCUCCCAUUCACCACUUCCUCUCUCCUCUACCUCUGUGUGUGUAUAUUUGCAGGGAAAUUCAUGUGGAGAGAGAAUUAGGGAUUCGGAAGUAUUGAUUUGAUCUGGUUCUGAUCUGAUCUAGAACUGGAUUGGCAUAUCGUUUGAUAAAUUAGGUUUGAAUUUCGCUCAAGAAGCGAAGGUGAAGCAAAAUGGCGACGGCUGCUCGGCUUCUCUUCUCUCCUCUCUCUGGACGCUCCAUUGAUAGAAUCGGAAACCGCCAUCGCGCUCCUCGGUUGCCUUCGCCGUCUUUCCCGGCCGUAUCCUUUCCGCAUUCUUGCUCCUCUGGCUCUCCCCUUUGCUCCGAUCCCUUCCACCUGCCGAAGUUCCAAUUCUCCUGUGCCGGCGGCAACGGAAGCGACGGCGUAGGACGGGGAAGUGGCGGCGGUGGCGACGCUGGUGGAUCGAGUUCGGGCGAUAGUUCCGAUGACCCGUCGUCGUGGGUUGGACCGAUCGGCGCCUUUCUGAACGGAUGGAGAUCGCGAGUCGCCGCAGAUCCCCAAUUCCCCUUCAAGGUCUUGAUGGAGGAAUUGGUCGGCGUAAGCGCCUGCGUUCUCGGAGACAUGGCGUCCCGGCCGAAUUUCGGACUCAACGAGCUCGAUUUCGUCUUCUCGACUCUGGUUGUCGGAAGCAUUCUGAAUUUCGUUCUCAUGUAUCUGCUGGCACCGACCAUAUCCGCUUCAGCCCAAACCCUCCCUUCGAUUUUCGCCAGUUGCCCCACCAGCCACAUGUUCCAGCCCGGUCCCUACGGCGUCCUCGAUCGCUUCGGGACCUUCGUCUACAAAGGAUUCCUCUUCGCCGCCGUCGGGUUCGCGGCGGGACUGGUCGGGACGGCGAUCUCCAACGGGCUGAUCAUGAUGCGGAAGAAGAUGGAUCCCAAUUUCGAGACGCCGAACAAGCCGCCCCCCACGAUUCUGAACGCCGCCACCUGGGCAAUUCACAUGGGCCUCAGCAGCAACCUCAGGUACCAAACCUUGAACGGGGUCGAGUUCUUGCUGGCUAAUCUGGUGCCGCCGGUAGUCUUCAAGUCCUCGGUGGUGUUUCUGAGAAUGGCGAACAAUGUUCUUGGGGGAAUGUCCUUUGUGAUACUGGCCAGAUUAACAGGAUCACAGAGCGUUGCUGAAUCGAAGCCGGUUGUUGAUUUAGCAGGAUCGGCUGCUUCGGAGAAGGAGAAGUUGCUGGAUGGCAGCCCGGAUUCUUCCACCAAUCAAUCAACUUGAGCAGUGUGAUUUCUUUCUUUCACCUUUGCUGGCUCCGUAAUUUGAUAGUUUGUUUUUGAUUCUCUUUCUUGUCUAUCCACGGAUAAAGGGCAUUUCGUUUGUCUGUUCUGUUAGUAAUGUGGUUGAGAAGCUAGGAUUGCCAUGAACAAGAAGACCAGUUUUCUGAUGAGGUUUGAUCGAUGAUCAAGAGAUAAGAGAUAGUGGUUGGCUUCUUCUUCUUC